AUGGCCAAUUUCGACACGGAAAGGUUCAUAAUUGAAGUUGAAAAUAGAAGAGGUUUAUGGGAUUUAGCAUCAAAUGAUUACUCCAAUAAAGAUGUUAAGCGGCAGUUGUGGCUUGAAGUGGUCGAUAUAUUUGGCGGUGAAUCCAUGGAAGAUAAAGAAAAGGCAGAACUUGGUGCUGUAGUAGCAUUCGACACGUAUAUGUGA